CCCACAAGAACGAAAAUCAACUGUUUUCUUCUUUUCUCCACUCACGUUACACACACUCACCGCAUACCAUUUAUUUACUUACACACCGCAUUACACACACCGCAGUACACAGACCGCAUUACACACACCACAGAACCCAUUGAGGACAUACACCACACACAACACAACGCAGUUACACACAUCACACACCACACACCACCUUUCGCAAUGAGACUGCUCAAUGUUUCAACACGAGAGGUGGAAGAAUUCCACGGAACUGACAUCCCCGAAUAUGCAAUCCUCUCGCAUACAUGGGGGACCGAAGAGAUGACGCUUCAUGACAUGGAAGCCAUCGCGAGAUAUCGUCGAUCACAACAAGAACCUCCAGUAGAUAUGAUGCCGCGCAAUGCCGACACCCCAGACGCCAUGAAGUUGAUGCUACUCUCGACCAUGUUGAUGGCCUUUCGCGGAGACCGAGCCCGCGCGAAUCGGGGUCCACCCCUUCCGGCCCUCACAAACGGUUACGAAAGCGACGACUCCGACACGAGGAGUCAAAAAGGCAGCGUGGUACCCUCGGUAACACUCCAUCCCUUCGAGCACAAGGCCGGUUACGCCAAGGUUGCCUACGCGUGCGGCCAAGCAGAGAAGGACGGAUAUCGAUAUGUCUGGGUGGACACCUGCUGCAUCGACAAGCGGAGCAGCGCGGAGGUUUCCGAGGCGGUGAACUCCAUGUUCGGCUGGUACCAACGAGCAGCGGUGUGCUAUGCAUUCCUCGAGGACGUUCACUUCGACGACUACACAGAGGCCUACAUGACAUGGAAAGACCACUUCACCAACAGCCGGUGGUUCACUCGGGGCUGGACACUCCAAGAACUGCUGGCUCCGCGGAAGGUGGUGUUCUACGCCAGGGGAUGGAGGCUACUUGGGACAAAAUCUUCGCUCGUCAAGCACGUGGCCAAGAUUACCGGGGUGGAUGAGCUGACUCUCCUCGAGCCAAAACUCAUCCAGAACGCCAGCGUGGCCCAGCGCAUGUCCUGGGCCGCGAACCGGACCACCACCAAGCCCGAGGAUCUCACCUACUCCCUCCUGGGCCUUUUCGGCGUCAACAUGCCCAUCAUCUACGGCGAGGGCGACAAGGCGUUCCUCCGACUGCAAGAAGAGAUCAUCAAGCGAUCCGACGACCACACCAUCUUCGCCUGGGGCACCCUCGGCGACUCACAAGCCCACGCGGCCAACUACCAAACCCACCCCCCGGACCUCGACGAAAUCGACUACGACGACCUAGCCGGCACGACCGGCAUCCUGGCCGCCUCCCCGAAAGACUUCGCCGGCAUGGCGCACGUCGUCGCCUCGCCCCCCGCACCACACCAGCAAACCACCGACUACGCCCUGACCAACAAAGGCCUGCACAUCACCCUCGACCUGACCCGCACGGGCAGCGGCUACGGCACGGGCACCCACCUCGCCGUGCUGCACUGCCACGCCGAGCACGACCCCACAUCCCGCCUCGCCCUGCUCCUCACGGAGACCUCCACGCCCAACAUCUUCCUGCGCACGCGCUCGCGCGCCCCCACCACCGUGUCGGCGCCCGACCGCGCCGCCGCAAAACCCCGCCGCGUGUACGUCCCCAACACGGCGGCGCCGGAUACACCGCGGCCGGGGGCGUCGUCGUCGGCGCGCCUCGCGGACGAGGUUGUCUUUGUGCGCGCGCCGGACCUGGUGGCGCCGGGGUAUGAUGUGCUGGAUGUGCGCGGGGCGAGGGCGCAGUGGAAUGGGGAGUUUCGGAGUCUGAGGUUGGGGGGGGUGGAUUAUGGUGCUGGGAAGAAGGAAGGGGGGGGGUUGUUUCAGCUGGCGGUGGUGACGUUUUGGAAUCGGCAUCUGAAGUGUGGGUUUGUGGUGCGGAUUCUGGUGGAGGGGGUGUCGAGGGCCGUGUUUGUCGAUUUGUUGCAGGGGGUGCGGGCGGAUGGGGGCGCGGAGGGGGAUGGGAAGGGGUUGGUGGAGGCGGCGAGGAGGGCGUGGGAGAACCCCGGGACCGUGGAGGUUAGUGUGCCCGUGCGGGGGGAGGAUAGGGUGGCCAAGAGGAGGAUACGGGUGCAGGUGAUGACGCCCGGGGAACAGGAGGGGGAGGAGCGAGGUCGGCAGGGCGGUGCCAGUGCCUGGACAUAUCGUGCGGGACACGAGGUCAUGGUGUCGGGGAGCGUCACUUUCACUGAGAAAUGGGAGAGGGACUAUCAGCGGACUGUCAAUGCCAAGGUGGAGCGCAAGAAGAAGGGGGCCAUCGAGCUGAACAUGUCGUCCAUGCUGUGGCAGGCUGCUCCGGUCAUGGGGGGAGAGGACCUUGACCAGCCGUCCUAGUCAUCAUUCACAUCUUUCCGGAGCCUGGGUAGGCGCCGGUGUACUUUAACCAGUUUCUUAUGUUUAUAUCAGUUUCUUAUAUUUGUUAUUACCAAGUUCGAUGUCAAUAAUAUCAACACCGUUACAUAGCAUCACAACAGCCGUGGCCAGUGGCCAGUACAACCC